GACCUCGACCUCGGGAGGGCACAGGUCCCUCCACCCCGGAGCCAGGACCGAGGACGCGCCCCAGGCCUUGAGGUUUGGGGGAGGGGAAGAAGGCGCUCCCUAGCGGCCUGGUCGAGUUUGGGGACCCCCUCCCCCCUUCAGUCUUGGUGCCUCCAUGCAUUAGGUCGAGUGGAGGGGAGGGCAUCUUUGAUGGAAAGAAUGUUUACUGGGGGAGGGGGAAAGGAGAGGGAGAGAGGCCGAGACCAGAGACCGAUUUCUGGAGCCCUGUAAGGUCUCCGGGGGAGAGAGGGGCGCGAUUGGGAUGGUGAAAGGAUGGCUCGUUUUUGGAGUUGGACCCACCCAGGGGUUUCCAUAUUUGGUGAUUACUUGUCGACUAAAAACUGGUCGGAGUGGGGUAGAUCAGUGCCAACAGGUUUUAAAUGAAAACCAGUUCGCUAGAAUCUUUUAUGUGUUUGGAAGCUUGCUGUGUUUCGCUCCUGUUUUUGCCGGCCAAGAAAACCUUAAGAAUGGAAUCCAAACCUUCAAGAAUCCCUAGAAGGAUAACUGUUGAGCCCUCCAGUUCUUCCUUAAGUGCUCGAACUGUAUCUGGAGGCAGAGGAAGUGGUAUGAAUGAUGCAUAUCACCCAAGAGAAUCUCCAUUCAGACUGAAUUCUGAGCAUCAGGAGUCCAAUCUGUUGCAUACUUCUGGUAGAGACUGGGGAUUUGGAGAAAGAGAAGCCCAUGAAACUCCAUGGAAAUUUACCAGUUCCUCUCCAGCUCACUUCUCAGGAACAUUUGAGCGUCCAUGGUCUGGAAGCUUUUUGGGAAGUAGAAGCAGAUUGGCAACCUCAUCAUCAUUGACUUCACCUUUUCAGUCUUCAUGGUAUGGUGAAUCUGAGAGAACUCAGGGAGCAUACCCAAGAUUGCAAAACCAGCAACGAGAACAUGAUUCAAAGAGGCCUAAACUUUCCUAUACAAGUUGUACAUCUACCUCAGCUGGGAGAAAUAAUGGAAGUGGUUUGAAUACGAUAUCAGAUACUUCUUGGAGACGUAGUCAAAUUCCCAGGUCUUCUUCAAUGGUACUUGGAUCACUGGGGACCGACUUAGUAAGAGAGAGAAGAGAUUUGGAAAGGAGAACAGAUCCCUCUAUUAGUCUAAUGGACUAUAGUCACAGGAGUGGUGACUUUACAUCUUCAUCGUAUCUUCAAGAUAGAGUUGCUUCUUCUUAUUCUCAAGGAGCAAGACCAAAAGAGAAUUCACUUAACACUUUGAGAUUAAAUACAUCAUCCAUGAACCGUCAAUGGCCUUCUGAACAUCAGCCUUCCUUUUAUUCUAGAGAACCAAGCAGAAAUACUUCCAGAUCUAACUUUUCUCCAAGAGAAAUGGAAUCUCCCCAGAGGAGUGUACAGCAAGGUUUUUCUUACAUCCCAAAUAGAGAUGAAACUCCUUCCAUUAGCAAUUCUGAAAGGAUUGGCUCAUCUCAGAGGUCCUUGGCUGAGCCUUCUAAUGACACUGAAGGAAGGCGGACAACUAGGCAGUUGUUGUCUCGGCUUGCCUCUAGUAUGUCAUCUACCUUUUUUUCACGAAGGUCUAGUCAGGAUUCCUUGAAUACAAGACCAUUAGAUUCUGAGAAUUCCUUUGUUGCUCCAACAGUUCUGACUCCCCCACAGUCUAGUGGUAAUGCAGUGUCAUCUUCUGAAGUUCCAGAUAAUAGAACACCUGAAUCUUCUCAAGGAUUUAGAUUUCUCAGAAGAAGAUGGGGUUUAUCAUCUGUUGGCCAAAAUCCCAACUCUGAGACUGGUUCAGAAAACUUUAGCCAAGAAUCUGAAAGUAGAAAUACUGGUUCCUGGUUGUCCUCCUCUCUAAGAAAUAGAUGCACACCCUUAUUUUCAAGGAGACGUCGAGAAGGAAGAGAUGAGUCUACACGAAUACGCACUACCGAUGUGCCAUCUAGACCUCAGCAUGUUUUAAGAAGAGAGUCUAGUGAAGAGGUUCACCUUGAAACACAAAAUGAGUCCCUUGGGACGUCUGCUAAUAGAUCACAAACACCUACAGUACCCAGCAAUGCUGCUGCUGCUGCUUCCACACCAGAUUUGGCUCACAGUGGGAGAAAUACAGGAAUAUCUGGAAUUCUUCCUGGUUCCUUAUUCCGAUUUGCAGUCCCCUCUGCAUUAGGAAGCAGUUUAUCUGACAAUGUCAUGAUCACUGUAGAUAUUAUUCCCUCAGGUUGGAAUUCAUCUGAUGGACAGAAUGAUAAGACUAAAACUCUACCUUCAAGAGACCCAGAAAGGCUACAAAAAAUAAAAGAGAGUCUUCUUUUAGAGGACUCUGAUGAAGAAGAAGGUGAUUUGUGUAGAAUUUGCCAAAUGGCAGCAGCAUCAUCUUCUAACCUUCUAAUAGAGCCAUGCAAGUGCACUGGAAGUUUGCAAUAUGUUCAUCAGGAAUGUAUGAAGAAGUGGUUACAGGCCAAAAUUAAUUCUGGUUCAUCAUUGGAAGCUGUAACCACCUGUGAGCUCUGUAAAGAAAAGUUACAGCUUAAUCUAGAGGAUUUUGAUAUUCAUGAACUUCAUAGGGCUCAUGCAAAUGAACAAGCAGAGUAUGAAUUUAUCAGCUCGGGUCUGUACCUAGUUGUGUUGUUGCAUUUAUGUGAACAAAGCUUUUCUGAUAUGCUGGGAACUGCAAGUGAAGCUAGCACACGUGUCCGACCUCUGAGGAUGAAUCUGAAGAAGAUGGAGACCACAACAGAGCAUUUGACAUGGCCUAACAUCAUAUGAAAUGAAAGAGCUGCAAACAAUUGAUAUAAAGUCUCAAUUAAUUGGGGGGAGGGGAUGCUUAUUAAAAGUACAUUGAAUAUUACUACUUUUGAGUUGUUGCUGGCUUCAGACUACACUGCUACACCUUGAAACAUAGCCAGUGAGAGAGAACCUAAUAUGUUCACAAACUGGCAAGUUCAUGUUGAUUUUUCCCUUGAGGUGAGUGGGACAGUAUUAGCUUUGUUUCAAGUAUUUAAUUCCCCUCCCUUCAUUUUGUGUUCUGAUUACUGUAGUCGGAUUAUAUUUAUGAAAGACUAUUCAAUUUCAAUUUAAUCCCAUAUUAGUGAAGAGAUUGGAUCUUUUCGAAGAUGGGAGGGGGGGGCGGGAAGCAAUGCAGGAUGAUAUUUUCUUUUUAAACUUCCUUAAGUUGCAGUCUCUUUUUGAUAAUCAAUUCCAGUGUUUAAAAAAUGGAAGUGAGUGGAACUUUUUGAAAAGCUGUAGUAUUAGGUUUCUAAAAGAAAUUUGAACUGUUAAUUCACUUAAACAGCAAUAAAAGAUUACAAGGACUUAAAUGUUUAAAUAAAUGAUGGAAUUAUUAUGUAUUGAUUUGAAAAUCAAAUUGUAUGUGAUAUGCAGAUAUUCCAUUCAGGAAUAUUACAACUCUAAAUUUUUAUUUCAGAAUUCUCUGCAAAAAUGCAACUUACCAAAAUUAUUGCAAUCUUAAGCUGUUAAUUAAAGUUUUUUAGCUCCCACAUUCAUAAUUAAAAACACUGGUUAUCAAUGUGUUUUUUAGUGUUGUCAUUCUUUACAAAUAAAUAUGAUGUAAAUAUAAA